AUGCCUGUUGAUAAAGCACCUGGAGCAAAGCGUCGGACGAUGACACGGAUACGCAGGGAUACCCUUGGCUUGAAAAGAAACGCAAACCCCAAUCUGUACACCACGACCGCAGCGUCGACAGCGAUGGAAAGUUCCAUGAUGAGCACGGCCGAUGCACUUGCCACCGCCGGGGAGAUGGUGGUCGUGGAGGAUGUUUCGGCAUCGAUCGAACACCACCACCAAUCGGUAUCGACGGUUCCGCUGAUGAACGGAAUCACCGUUACCCUGGCGAAUGGCACCGUCACCGUCGGCGACGGUGAGGAUGGUGAUAAUAAUAAGUACGAUGUAGCUGAUAAGGAGGAAAACGAUUUGCCUGCUAUUGAUUUUGCCAGCGCAACGAACCACAACAAUAUGGAAACGCAGACGACGCCAUCGGUCGCGGUCGAUGAUAAGAUGCGGUGCUAUGCGGCGAACCCGGACGAAGAUAACGAGACGAACGCGAUGAUGAUAGUGGAUUCUGUGGGUGCUACCGAAACGGCCCAUUGCAGCAGUAGUAGUAGCAGCAGCAGCAGUAACAGUAACAGCAGCACUAGCACGAGCAGCUCCAGCGGCAGCAGUACCUCGGGAAGCAGCCUAUCCCACCCGGAAGCGGAUGAGGUUGACGGAGCGGACGAGGAAGAAGAGGUGGAGGACGAUGAGGAGGAAGAGGAAGUGGAGGAAGACGAAGAGGACGAGGACGACACGCAGCGGGAGGAAUUGCGACACGAACCCGAGCAUGGUCCCACAUCCGUCGUGGAGGAGUCGACCAGCGUGGACAAGCUGCACAUGAUGCAGACGGACGAUGAUCCGCUGCUGCAGGAAACGAUCAAUGCCAUCAUGAAUGGUGCGGAAGGUAUCGAGGUGGUGAAUACGUCCGAGCACGAUCACGUCGUCGAAAACGCUACUGUCGCAACUGAUCCGAGCAUAGCGAGCGUAAUGGCCACCGAGUUGAACGCGACCCGGUCAACUAACGACGAUGUCGAAACGGACAGGAACUAUGAAUGCACCUACUGUGGGAAACUGUUCACACGCUCCAACACGCUGUCGUACCAUCUGAAGGUGCACACCGGCGAACGUCCGUUCAAAUGCAAGCAUUGCGCCAAAGCCUUCCGCGAGCAGUACCGGCUUAUGAAGCACCUUAAGACACACUCGAAAUAUCGCAACCGAAGGUUGGAACGGGGCUGCAUCGUCGAUCAGCAAGCGGACAGUAGGGUGAUGAUGGCACCGAGUGUGCGCGUUCAUCUACAUCGGGGAACCGCAGCGGCGCUGCUAGCCGGCACGAACGGCCUAGUUACGACCGGGGAAGAAGAUUACACCACCGGUGACAGUGAACGGUUCUUCAAGAGUUACGACCUUCCGGAUGGAUCGGUCGCGAUGAAGCUGGAACCAGAUAUCUCGUUGACGGAGGACGCAGACGUUUCCGAGGUGGGACCGGACGCGAUGCUAACGACGGAGGAGGUAGAAACGGCUGAGGAACAUCAACCGAUCGUUGAAGAGCAGGAAGAUCCAAAUGGCGUACAGGAUGGGACUGGCUCGGCCGAUGGCAACGAAAUACGGUACCAAAUCAUUGAGGAAAGAAUCAAAUCGUUGCAGCGUGAGGUGCACUUGGUCAACCAGAACCUCAACCGGGUGGAAACUAAGGUGGACGGAUUGACACGGAUCAUCUCGUUGUUUAUUGGAAAGUUUGAAGAUGAAGCGGAGCUGGCCAAUCAAGCUGCCCAACUUCAGCACCAACAACAGCAGCAGCAGCAGCAGCAGCAGCAACAACAACAGGUACUUACGACCAUGUCCACCGAGAACGAGACAGUUGUCCCCGUUGCAUCGCUCACCGUAGUUGCACAACAGCAUCCGCAUCACGUCUCGACCGCUUCAACAUCGCCCUCCAUUCAACCGAAAACUAUCUUCCUCACCUCAACUACCGCUCCGGCGCCAAAUCCCGCCGGAACCCAAGUACAGGUACAGCCGGUAAGCGUGUUCCACACGUCUACGUCGCCCAUCGCUCACCAGCACCCAACCCGGGUCGGAACACUCGCCAAAGAAGCGCGCACCACAAACACACAUUACUAUCAGUUUGCCGAACCGUCGACUGUGGUGCAUGUAAAACCCGAAGCUUCUCCACCACCGACGGUAAAGGUGUCUUCACCGUCGCCGACACCACCACCACCAUCACUACCGACGCAAGCACAGCAACUAACGCUUGCCAGCAGUGCGAACGGUGGUGCGAACCAGCUGCUUGAUACAUUCCCCGAGAUACCGGAACUACCGAUCAGAACAGUGGCCGAUUUUCUCGACCUUAACGAUCACUGUACAGACAACGAGCAGUUCCUAUUGCAGAUGAUGAUUCGGUUACACCAGGAAAUACACAACUCACAACCAUUCCAGCGGAACAUUAAACGUAUGAUGGAGGCGCUGGUCACCUACGAGGUCCUGUGCCAGUUCAGUUGGAGUGGUAAAUCGGCCAUUAAUGGACAGUAUACCAAGUACGUAUUCGGGAACAGUUUGGGUAUCAUCGAUUUGCUGACGAAAACGCUCAACCUGGGCAAAAGUGCGCAGGAAGCGGAAGCGAAUCAAAAGCCAAUCUUUGCCGCCAUUCAGAGCUUCAUAAAACAUUCGCGCCAGAACAUGAUACGCGACAGUCGGAAGCGGCGCGAUCCGAUGCGCGGCAGUGGACUGGCGGUGGGCGGUGGUGCUGGUGAGGUGGUAGCAGGUAUGGUGCCCGAUACUACUACGACGACCACCACCAUCGCGUACCACGUGAACGGUGGCGAACGGUUGCAGAUAAAGCAGCUCCGUGCUGAGCGUCAUCACCAUCAACAGACGGAGCUGGUAAAUCCGUUCUAA